UCAACUAAUAACACAUCUGAUCCACAGGAAAUGAAUCACCGUCUGGAAACAAUUGAAGCAUCUAUGGAUCAAAUCCAAGAAUGCCAACUUUACAUAAAUCAAGAACUUGAUUAUCUUGAAAAAGUUUUAGAAUCCUUUGAAGAUGAAUUAGCCGUAGCACGAG